AUGCCGUUCUAUCGAUCGGCAGCGUUGAGCGAUGUCAAGAUCAUUGGCGUGCAAGAGCAUAUCGCCAUCCCGCAUCUCCAGACCAGAUUCCCUGCCAGCGAUGCAUCAAUCAAAGAAGCCAAGGAACAGCAAUCCCACAUCGAAUCACUCUUUCCAUACACAAAGUCCCGCCUUGCAGAUGUCUCCGAUCAGCGGAUAAAGGACAUGGAUGACAAUGGCAUAGCUUUCCAAAUCGUCUCUCGAUCAGCUCUGGUCAAUCCCCUGUCCAUGGACGCCGGUGCAGGGACAGCUCUGACAAGACAACUCAACGACGAACUGAAAUGGGCCGUCGACGAAAACCCCAAACGUUUCGCAGCUCUCGCUGAACUACCCUUCCAAAGCCCCGAGCUGGCAGUCAGAGAACUGCGAAGAUGCGUCCUCCGCCUAGGCUUCGUAGGCGUCAUGCUGCACGGCACCGUAGGCGGAAAAUUCCUCGACGACCCCAUCUUCGACGAAAUCCUUUCCACUUUCGAAGAGCUCGACGUCCCUCUCUUCCUCCACCCCGGCACACCGCCCAAAACCGUCUCAGACGCUUAUUACUCCUUCCCAAACAAGCCCGACACUUUGUCCGCCAUGCUCGCCGGCCCCGGUUUCGGGUGGCACAACGAAGUCUCAAUCCAUGUCCUGCGCCUCGCAAUCUCAGGAACUCUCGACCGCCACCCAAAACUCAAACUCAUCAUCGGCCACCAAGGCGAAAUGCUUCCCAUGAUGCUCCAACGUUUCGAUAUCAUGUUCAAUCCCACAUUAUUCGGGCUGGAACGCCCGGUUUCACACAUGUUACGAUCACAAGUCUGGAUUUCCAUUUCGGGCUGUUUUUCGCUGCCGGUGACGUUGCUUACGAUUCAGACUUGGGGGGUGGAGAAAUUGUUGUUUUCUAAUGCUUAUCCUUUGGUCGAGGCGGAGAGGGUGCCCGAGUUUGCGAAUCGUUUGGCUGAUCUUGUUGCGCCUGCGGAUUUGAAGAGGAUUUUGCAGACGAAUGCGGAGGGGCUGUUUAAGUUUAAGGCGGAUGAGUGUGGGAGGACGAGGUCGAAUCGGAAGUGGACUAUGAUUUUGUGAAUGAUGAUGAUGAUGAAGAUGGAAAGAAAGAAAGAAAGGUGGGUGGGUUUUUUGUUUUUGGGGAUUUUGAGAUGCGAUGGGAUGGGACGGGAUGGGAUUAUGGAUGGUUACGGCCGAUGGAUGUUGAAUUUUCUAUCUAUAUCUACUUCAUGUGUAUUAUAUCAGUUACCAUGUAGUUCUACCUCAUCAUACCAAAUUAUCC